AUGAAGGCGUUACCUGUUAUUUUUGAGUGUUUUGUAAUAUUUGUCCUAAAAUAAUGGCAAAUUCUUUAGACCUGUUAUCAAUGCUCAAAGAGAAAAUAAAUUUUGGUGAAGAUCUAAUGUUGCGAUUAGAAGUGGUAAAGAAAAUAGAUGGAGUUUCAAAAUUACAAAGGAAAAUUCGUCAGGAAGUAGAGUUUUUGAAAAGAUUGCAGAGGAAUAAAAUGAUCAAACUUGAACAGCUAUCUUGUUCGAAUCUUAGGCACUUGGGUGCAAUGGUUGAUCGUACUUUAAAACCAGGUGUACUUGCAGUCUGUAAAAUAUUUCAUAUAAAUGACGAAAGCAAAUUACUUAUUGAUAUAAUUAGUGAUGAAGGAAAAACAUGGACUAAAGUAAUAGCCCGCAAUCCUAAGUCUCUCACCGCAUUGAGCACUGGCAAAGCGUCAUAUGGUUCUCGCUCAAUUUUAGAUCAAGCUGAAGAUUAUUUGGAAUGUGCUGAACUAUAUCCAUGCAUGUAUAAAUCUCCAAAAGUAAUAUUUGAAUUCACAAGUGGAAUAGAACAGAGUUUGGCAAAUAAAUUAAAAGUUAUUGGUGUUCAUGUACAAGGUGAUAUACUCCCUGACUCGCAUACUGGUGAUGAUUGCAAUGACUCUAGUGAAUCUACUUCAAGUGAUGAAGAAUUAAUGUGUAAUAAUAGUGAUGAAAAUAACUUUGAAGAUGUACCACCACAAUGCAUUCAGGGUCAUUCAGAACUUACAACACUUAACUUAGACGUGACAGCUAUGAUGGCAUAUAUCAGUAAUAUGACAAAUGGACAUUGUAAUUAUAUUUUUAAACAAGACGUUCUAACUCAGCAGUCUGCAUGGGAGGCAGAGCGUCCAGUCAAACCAAUAUUAGACAGGUUAUUCGAAGGAAAAACGCUUGUGUGCUGUAAAACAGCAUGGGAUGAUUUUGAAACAAUCGUAGAGAAUCUAGGUGGUACAAUGGAGAAAAAAAGGGCCUCAAAUCUGAAGAAAAUCGUUACGAUUUUUCCUGAUGAUCAUAAUGGACCAAAUGAUAUUUCACGUCAAAAUUUGAAGGUCAGAGGUCAUGUUCGAUUAAGAUCGAAAAUAAUAUUUAAUUUUGGACAUAGAAUCAAGGCACUUACUGUUUCUGCUAAUGAAGGCUUCCUUAGGGCUGCGUUGCAACAGGGUGUGACGUAUGCUGCAUUCAUUCAUGAGUCUCGGGCACUCACAGAGGGAAAACAAAACAGUGCCAUCCAAACAUCAUGAUGUUAAUUUCAAUUUGUGAUAGCUAUUUUUACAUGUUUUAUUACUUAUAAUUUGUUUUAAAUUGUGAUUUUGUUGUUUUGUAAUGCCCACUCCCUCCAUACUGUGAUUGUAUAAAGUGAUAAUAAAAUAAUAAGAAAAAGAA